AUGAAUGGAUCCAGAAAGAGACCCAGGAAUCAGGACCAAAAUGCAAAGGCGCCAGCAUUUCUCCAAAAGAACUCAGUUGAGUAUCUUUUUAGCGCUUUGACACUUGGCUUGGCGGUUCUGUACUUCAUUGUGAUUGACAUUGGAGGGAUCUCGUAUUGGAACAGCGAGUUGCUUGAGAAUGGUCUUGCGCCCGCGUGGCCACCCUUCUGCUGGCUGGGCUCAAAGGGCAUGGAUGUCAGGGAUGAUCAGUGGCAUCAAUUCACGAUGGUGCUCCCCAUCAUUGUUCCGGCCUUUGGGCUUUUUCUUCACGUUUCGCGGCGACUUAGGAAGAUUGGAGGUGGAAAUGAGUUGUGGUCGUUGUAUAUGCUCCACAUCAUUGCGGGUUUGCUCAUAGGCUUUGGUGUCAGUGGUCCUGGCUUUGUAUUUACGGUCAUCCUCCUUUUUGGGAACUUCUACGGUGUGAAUAUGCUGCACAAUCGGGUACCCUUCAAGGUGUUUAUGGCAAUUAUGUGGGGAACACAUGUUGCCGUACUUUUUCUUAACAGCUAUUUGGGGGGGUACAAAUUUGCCUGGAUUGGACUGCAGUUUCUUGACAAAUUGAAGACCCCAAUCCUCCCAUGGACGGUGCAUUAUAAUAUGAGUGUGCUUCGUAUGAUAGCGUUCAAUACGGACCUGCAUCAAGCCAUUGUGGAGAGUUCAGAGCGACGUGCAAAGGUCAUUAAGAAACACGAUGCAACAUGUAUAGAAUGUGCACAGGUUCGUGAGGCACACGCUCAAAAGGGGGGUGGCUCCAUCCCAUUUGGUUUGGAAGUUGGGGGUUUGCGAUGUUAUAAGUUCCGCACAGAGUAUCCACUCGAUGUGCGCGAGUACAAUCUGUUGAGCUAUCUUGGUUACAUUUUUUAUCCUCCACUUUACAUCGCGGGCCCUAUUUCGUCUUUUAAUGCUUACGUAUCCUACCUAAAGGAACCUUCGCGGGCUAUUAAUGAGAAAGGGCUGCAACGCUACGGUCUACGCACGCUAUUUAGUUUUUUGGUUGUCACCACAACAGCGCACUACAUUUAUUUGACUUCUAUAAUAAUGACUCCUUCACUGUUCAGCACCAUCUCUUUUCCCCGGAAAGCUAUCUUGUUCUACCUCCAGCUUGGUUUUUUAUGGCUAAAGUUCAAUUGUGUAUGGAAGUUCUUUCGAUUUUUAGCGUUGUUAGAUGGCUUCGAUGUGCCCGAGGACAUGCGCCGGUGCUUUAGUAAUACUGUGAGCAUACAGGAGUUUUGGCGUGACUGGCACGCAUCGUUUAAUCUGUGGAUUGUGCGCUACAUGUACAUACCAAUGGGCGGGAACAGGAUGAAGCAUCUCAAUAUCUUCCCGAUUUUUUUCUUCAUUGCCAUUUGGCAUGACAUUGAGCUUAGGCUGAUACAUUGGGCCGGUAUUAUUUGCAUAUUUUUUCUUGUGGAGCUUUUGUUUACACAUGUCUUAUUUUGCCAGGGGGCUCCUCUUACGUUGAUGAUGGCACGACGACCGUUGCUCUGGAGGCAUCUGCGCACCCUUGGUGCAUGUGCCAUGAUGCUGCAGCUAGCCAUUGUAAAUCUUGUGGGAUUUGGCAUUGGACUUGGCGGAGCAAAACAAAACUUGAGGGAAAUGUUGAUGGAGUCUCCCCUCUCCUUCCGUCUUCUCAUGCUGUUUUACUUUUAUCUGGCAGCCAGUAUCGCUAUUCAGGCUAGAGACCAGGAGAAGUUCGAGGAGCAACAACGACGCAUCAAGUACGGUCUUGUCAGUGCUAGAGAUGGGACUUCGGUGUUGGUGUCGGCCGUCGCUGUGGAUGGUAGUGGGUGA